AGUACUGCAAUUCGCUGCGAGAUCCAGGGCACCAAGUGACCAAGAGCACACAAUGGAAGAUAAGGCAUUAAGGUGUCUCCAAAACAAGAGCCCAAUAUUCACAUUAGGAAGUGUGGGGCCAUAUGACAUUCAAGUGAACAGUUUGAACACUUUAAUGAGGGAUGAGCAAGUUUCUGACGAGGUCAUGAAUUCCAUAUGUGAUAUCCUUAGCAAGGAUCGCCCAGGUGUUGUACAUAUCAAUUGUCAGGCCCUCACGAAAAUACUGGAUGGAUCUAAAAGGGCAAAGAGCCACUAUUUUCUCAAGAACAACAUUUUGGAAAGGGCAACAGAGGUGUUUGGAGUGUAUCUCGAGAAUGGCAAUCAUUGGAGCUUUUUUCAUUGCAAUGUUGACAGAAGGUGCAUCACCUACUUUAACUCACUUGGAGAGACAGAGUGGCAAUGCCAAGCAAUUGCUCAGCACUGGUCUGCAUUUGCAGCCUCAAGGGGAGUAAAAGGAGAGUGGGACCUCAAAACCACAAAACAUAAUUUGCAAACCGAUUCAGUGUCAUGUGGUAUCCACACACUUGCAUUUGCCACUGAAUUUCUGAAGGCUGGUGGCUUUAUAACCUCCUUCCAGUGCCCUGUAAUACAACAGGAAAGAAUGCGCCUGUCCUCACUUUUGUUUGAAUCUUUAGAUCGAACCAAAAAAUGUGGAAUUUGUGCCAAAAAUAUUUCAGGAAGAAAGAAAAUGGCAUGUACCUGUGGGGCAGUGCUGCAUGUACUGUGUGCAGCCACACCCAUGUGCUACAUAUGUCAAGAAGACAGCAACCCAUUGGCCCAAAUCUCUUUGCCUGCAUCAGAUACUGCAGCACACUCAGCUGACCCAGACGUGUUAGUUGAGACCUCUGGAUCUGAUGAAGGCUCUGCACUACAACAGGGUUGGCAAAAAAGAUGUUCCACCCAAUGUGCUGCAGCAGCCUAAAAAGGCAAAGACAAAGGUGACGAUAUUCAGCACUUUAACAGAGGGAGAGGCGGAAGACCUUGCCAAGGGGUUUGGAAUGGCACUGACCAAACAUGUGCCAAAAGACCAAAUACUUUCUGGGAUACCUGAAGAGGACAUCCCAGCAACACUGAGGACCAUUGAACAAAUGAAGCUUAAUGUGCAAAACCUUGGCCCUGAAUCAGAGCUGGAUUUGGCCACUCACCGCUUUGGACCUACAGCAGCUGAUUUUUUCUUUUCCUUUUUAGAGGACUGUAUGAAAAA